AUGUUUUCGCUUUUCAUAACGUACCUCGCACCCGCUUUUGCGCAAGAUCAGAAAGCCAAGCCUCUACCAAAAAGGCCAAUUUGUUGGAGAAUUGGAGGUAUCCCACUCGAGUGGUCAAGGGAUGAUCUGGUCAAGCAUCUUCAGGCAUUCGAUGAAUCAUUACAGAAACUUGAGGAGCACUGGCUAUCUCUUUUCCCCGCAUAUUCAGGAAACACUCAAACGGCGUUGUUAAAUCUAGAGCUACCUUUACAAUAUUUUCAAAAUCUCAAUUCAGAUGAAACAACAGCAAUUACUAUUAGACACUUUUCAAAAGAAGGAGAGAAAAUUGAAGUGGAUCUGAGUAUUGAUUCUCAUUUUCACGGAUUGACGCCUGUGAAUACACCUACGGGAGAUAAUAUCAUUGAUGUUGUCGCAGUAACAGGUUUCAGCGGGCAUGCGUAUGGGUCUUGGAAGAAUCGGCAAAGCCACCGUAUGUGGCUGAAGGAUUUCCUUCCUCGUGAUCUACCGAAAAAUGUUCGCAUUUUAACAUACGGCUAUAAUUCAAGCCUAUUAAAGGAGGGAAGACGGGGGCUGUUGGAGUUUAGAAGGACCUUUGUUAAAAAUCUGUCAACCGCAAGAAAUUCGUUAGAGGAGAGAGCAAGACCUCUUGUUAUGUUGGGCCACAGUCUGGGCUGCAUCCUGAUUACACAGGCCUUACUUCAAGCACAGAGUAAUCCAGACGAUAAACACAUCCUCGAUGCAACAAGCGCCGUGUUCUUUUUUGGUGCUCCACAUGCUGGAUUUAAGGUUGAUGCACUUGUGGCUAUGGUAGAAGAUCUCACAUCUUCAAAUAAACAAUCAACCAGGCUCCGACUGCUUGAACAACUUCGGGAAGAUUCGGAAUAUUUGGAAGAACAGAGAGAGAGACUCAUUCAUAUUUGGUCGAAGAUGAGGAUAUAUAGUUUCUACGAGUUGAAAGAUACACCAACUGUCCAGAAGGCGGCUUCUGGAGAUUGGAAAAGAGAGGGCGAAGCAGUUCUUAUGAUCAGGAACAUUUCUGCAUUAUUAUUUUUACCACAGGAAAAUCGAUAUGCUAUAAACGAGGACCAUACGAACAUGGUCAAAUUUGGAACUCGUGAUGAUGAGAACUAUAAGGUUGUGGUCCGUCACAUAAAGGAAUGUCUUGAUCAGUACCUCGCGUUGCGCUCACAAAGAAAUCUGGAGCAAAUGCGCCAUCGGAGCGAAAAAUUGAAUGAAUUCCUUCGCACCCUUGAGGCAUUUUCCUGCCAACACUUCCGUGAUGAUCUAUUUGAUAAACGCCACGCGAGGACAUGCCGCUGGUUUUUCGACUGUGAAGAGUAUAAGGAGUGGGUUGGAGUAGCAACAUCCCCUGAUCUGCUUUGGGUAUCCGGUGAUCCCGGUAGCGGAAAGAGUGUUCUUCUGUCUUACGUGACCAAGCAGCUUGCAAAUCACCGCAGAGAAGAUAUUACAGAAAACACUGCUCUUGUAGCCUAUUUCUUCUGCGACGAUAAGCGGGAGGAGCAGAAUACGGCCAUCUCUAUUCUCCGAAGUCUAAUAUAUCAGAUUCUAUCUCAAGCGCCAUCUCUCUACCAAUACAUUCCGCGCGAAUAUCUUCCUGACUCGGAGUCAAAGUUCACAUGGGGAUUUGGGAGCUUAUGGCAGGUAUUCGAAUGCUUGGUUAAGAACAAAGACGGGUUGGAAAUAUUUUGCGUGGUGGACGCCCUUGACGAAUGCGAAGAGGAGACUCGGGAUAAAUUUUUAGAGAACUUGAGGAAGCUGUUUGAAGCCCCUGUAUUUGAUAUCGCGAAUCACAACUUCAAAAUGAUCAUUACUAGCCGGCCGGAACUGCCAUCAACAAGGGACCUUCCAGUCCUUACAACCAUCCUACUCGAGGAUAGAAACAAAAAUGACAUUCUGCAAUAUAUCAACGACCAUGUUAGUCGACUUGCCAAACGAAAGAAGCUUCCCGGUAAUUUAGAGAAUGAUAUACAACGAGCCCUUCUUGAUGGUGCGGGCGGAAUGUUUCUUUGGGUUUCCCUCACAUUGUAUCGGUUGGAAAAAUCUCCCGGCACUAGUGCAAGCAGCAUCCGCGCCCAAUUAAAGGAACUACCGAAGGAUAUCCCCGCGAUCUACGCGAGCAUUUUGGAGGAAAUCGAUUUCGCACUAAGAGAACAAGCCAAACGCAUCCUAGAAUGGGUCAAUUUAUCGAAACGGCCAUUGAGCGUUGAAGAGCUGAAAAUUGUAAUCGCUCUAAAGGUCCAGCGGGAGCAUACAUCAAUCGCCAUAAUGCAAGAACAUGUUGAAAACAACCUGGACCAUUUCUUUGGCUCGCUCUUUGGUCCUCUCCUCAAAAUCGAACGCGAUACUGUUCGUUUUGUUCAUCAGUCGGUUAAAGACUUUCUCGGUAACCUUGAACUGAUGAGAAGGUUUGAUUCUCCUGAAGGAGCCGUUAGUGUUCGUACCGGUGUUAUGGCAUCCGAACAGUAUCCCGUUUCUGCGUUCCACAGCACAUACAAGGACGCCAAUCUUCAUCUUGCAAUCGAUUGCCUCACUUUUCUUUCGUCUGAAGAAUUUGAGAUGAGAGAGUCACAAGAUGCCCUAGAAUACCACUCCCGACUGAGUGGAUAUCCGUUUCUCGAAUAUGCUGCAACAAGAUGGCCGGAGCAUGUCAAAGAGACUGAUAGAAGGGGUGACCAGGAGUUAGUGGAAGCAUUCCUUAGGCUUGCUCAUUCAGAUGGCAAAAUGAACUCGGCAUACCAGAUCUACCACGAGUAUGAGGAACAUGGCAAGUCAAGUGUGAGUAGGAUGCCACAAUUCCAACAGACACCGCCGCUACAGAUCUGCGCGUCCCUUGGGUUUACCGAAUUUGUUAAAGCCCUGGUCGAAGAUGGCGCCAGCAUCAAUGAUCAAGGUGGAGUUCAUGGUAGCGCCUUAAUGGCUGCAAUCUGGAGUCGUAGUGAAGCAGUAAUUAAGCUGUUACUCAACGAAGAAAAUAAAAACAUCAACACAUCCGAGACAAUGCUUGCGGAGGUGUCCGCCUGGUGUAAAACUACGGAGCCUAUGGAGUUACUUCUAAGUAGAGGAGUUAAAGUGUCAGAAGCAGCAAUGAUCGCGGCAGCUAAGAACUGGCAUGGACCAGAGGCUCUCAGAUGCUUAUUAGCAGUAGGCGGUCAACCAACAGAGCUCGUUUUAUCAACAGCGGUAACAUAUUAUCAGCGCAAGGAACCUCUAGAUUUACUGCUGGAAGAAGGCGGAAAGAUCACCCAAGCAGUCCUUCUCGCAGCGAUUGAGGGUUGGAAGCCUGACGAAACAAUUAAAACCUUGCUAUCUCGAGGCGAAGUCGAAAUCACGGAGGCAAUGAUAGUUGCUAUUGUGGGGAAAGGUGCAGUCAAUACGGAGCUGCUAGAGCUGAUGCUGAGCAAAAACAACACGAUUCAAAUCACAAAUGAAAUCAUGGCAACCUCUGCACGAACAUCAAAGGACAGGGAUGUUUUAAAAUUUCUUCUGAGCAAAGGUGGCAAGGUCACAGAAGGCGUUUUGGUGGCAGCAGCUGAGAAUCACAAUGGCCCACAAACGCUAAAAUUCCUGUUAUCGAAAGAUCGAGAGAUGCAAAUGACAGAGUCGAUGCUUUUGGCUGCUACAAGAAACACCCACGCCAAGAAAUAUAUGGACCCACUAUUACACCGCGGUGCAAAGGUCACCGAGGCGGUAAUGAUUGCGGCAGCAGGAAGCUGGAGUGGAAGCAAAGAAUUGCUAGAGAUGCUACUGGAAAAAGGCGGACAGGUGACUGGGGCAGUCUUAUUGGCUGCAGCCCGUAACCGGGACGGCUUUGAAGCUCUGGAGUUCCUCCUAAUAAGUAGAGGCACUAAAGUGAUCAUGAGCGAAACUAUGAUGUUGGACGCAGUAGGUGGCCCUAGCGCACAGCAAACGAUGGAAUUGCUAUUGAGCGUAGGUGGUCAAGUAAGCAAGGCGGUGAUGGUGACAGCAACAAGAGGCCAAUAUGCGAGCAAGGAACUCCUUCAAUUACUGUUAGACAACGGUGGCGAGGUCACGGAGGAAGUUAUGAUAGAAGCGGCAAGCAAUCGAUGGGGUAAUUUCGACACCGAUGUUCUAGACUUACUGAUCGGUCGAGGUGGUCAAGUCACAAAGCGAGUGAUCGAGGCUGCGGGAUGGAGCUCUUCCAAGAAAUUUGUUGAGCACCUUUUGAGCAUUGAUGGUACCAUCACGAUCGCCGAAGAGAUGUUGGUCGAAGCUGCACGACACACAGAAGGGCUAGAGGUUUUGAAAUUCCUCUUGACACAGCCGGAUCACAAGAUUCUGAUCACCGAAGCUAUGCUUGUAGCUGCAGCUAAGAACAAGCAUGCUACUAAAUACUUGGUACUACUAUUGAAAAAAGGUGGCGAGAGUAUGAUUACCGAGAACGUACUCGUGGCUGCGGCUGGUAACUGGAGCGGUAAAGGAGCAUUAGAAUUCUUGCUCAGCGUUGACGAUACCGUUCUCAUUACUGAACCUGUAUUGGUGGCGGCAGCGGGUAACUCGAAUGGUAGGCAGCUGCUGGAGUCCAUAUUUGUGAUGGAAGAGCACAAAGUCACCGAGGCGAUGCUACUUGCGGCAGCGGGUAACAUGUCAGAUAGUGGAGCGCUGGAAUAUCUUCUAAGCCUUGACAAUACUCUCCCGAUCACAGAACCAAUAAUGGUAGCAGCGGUGCGGCAUGGUCACGGAGGUGACUUUGUACGAUCAUUACUGAGCAGAGGGGGUCAGGUCACGGAGAAAGUAUUGGUGACUGCAGCAGGGAAUUGGGAAAACGGCAAAGAAUAUUUAGAAACGCUUUUGACGAGUAAUAACAGUUCAUCUUCUCUUGUGACCGAAGCCAUCCUUUUGGUAGCAGCUGGAGAUACCACAGGCAGAGAUGCAUUGCAAUAUCUUUUAGAUAUUGGUAGUAUUACCCCCACCAACCCCGUCACCGAAGCAUUGAUGGUUGCUGCAGCAAAUAAUGGGGAUGGCGGUGCUUAUCUGGAGCUCCUGAUAAACCAAGGCGGUCAAGUCACCGAGGCCGUAAUGCUGGCCGCAGCAGGAAGUUGGAAGGAUGAAAAGGCGCUAGAGUUUCUUCUGAAGCAGAAGCUCGAUUUUUCAAUCACCACAGAGAUGCUACUAGCGGCAGCAAAGAAUACUCAAACCGGAAAGAGAGGACUGGAACUACUCUGGAGCGCGGACAAUACUGUCCCGGUCACCGAGGAGCUGCUUGAAGUUGCUGCAAAAACAUCGCACGAAGUGUUUACAUUUGUCUUCAAUAGAGCUCGGAAUAUCCAGAUAACAGAAAAGAUGCUAAUGGAGGCGGCAGUAAGCUGGAGAGGCCGAGAGAUCUUGGACUUGAUGUUCAGUACCGUCGAAUCUAUGCCUCCUAUUACAGAAAAUGUGAUUGCAGCAGCGGCAGGAAAUUCUGGAUUUAGUAAUCCUCCUCUCGAAUUUCUGUUUAAUCAGGCAGAUAAACCGCCAGUGAUCACUGAGAAGAUUCUGAUAACUGCGGCGAACAACAUUCAUGGUGAUCGGUCGUUGAAGUUCCUCUACUCUGAUCAUGGUGAGAUAAUCCCUCCCACCGAAGCAAUCCUUGUGUCAGCAGCAUGGAAUCCAAAGGGCAGUCAGAAUCUGGAGUUUCUAUUAGAAAAAGGCGGGGAGAUCAAUGAGACCUUGAUGCUGGCGGCGGCAUUGAAUCCAGGAGAGUCUACACCAACCAGCCUAGACUUUUUGUUAGACAGAGGUGGAAUAAUCACCGAGAGAGUAAUGCUUGCAGCAGCGUGGAAUCCGAGCAAUAAGAAAACAGUUAAUCUAAAUGCCCUAUUAGUUCGGGGUGGUCAGAUUACGGAGCAGGUAAUGAUGGGGGCUGCAAUGAAUCCUGGCGGGAAACAGAAUCUUGAGAUCCUCCUGAGUAGAGGGGGCAGACUUACGGAUGCUGUGUUCAAAGCUAGAGACGAAAGCCCAACCAGAGAGGAAGCCAUAGACUUUCUGUUGCGCAGUAUCGGCCAAGCAUCGAGAAAAAUUCUUCUACGAGCUGCAAGGGGUAGAGCGAAGGGGGGACCGGAAUUAUUUGAACUGUAUUAUGAGGUCGAAGGUGGAGCCAUUGCGGCAAAGAUCCUUGAAGCCGCUGUAGAGAAUGAGACAAUUGAGUCAUAUGCUCCACCAAGUCGUGCCCAGACAGCUUCGGAGUAUGUUGAUGCAGUCUCGGAGAUCUUCACACAAGUCAAGAGGAAAUCCACCGCUAGAGAUCCCCCUAUCGAACUCAUCGCCGACCGGCUAAAGGUGGGAAGGUUAUACGAUAUCAUCUUUUACCUCAUGAAACUUACCGAUAUACUCAUUUUUUGCCUUCUGAUUUACGGCCUUUCUUCGGCGUUUAUUGUGCAAACAGCGGCCAUGACACGAUUUGAUUUCAUAAAUCUUCUGGACAGCUGUUCUACGUGGGCUCGGAAAGUGCGCAAGAUGGAUAUCCCUGAUGUGAAGGAGAAGCUUGCGACAUUGACUCGUCUCUAUGGCGGAACUUUGAAUUUUUGA